CAAAGACUGCUUUAGUGGAGAUUGAACAGCACAUACUUGCUUUGUCUCUGUAGUUUCUGUGCAAAACUAACAAUACAUCACAGUAGUUGAACUAUUUAAAAAGCAAUGUGAUGACGUGACUUCUUUUGUUACUUUUUCCUCGGUUUCCCUCUAACUAACUUAUCCCAAAGCAAAAUGACCUCUGUCGAUGUUUGAAAUGAAAUGCAAUUUUGAAAAACACGGAUAAUUGAAUUGCCUAUGUACAUCUUACUCGAAGGAAAGCAUUUUACCUCCUACAAAGGCUGGCCAACCCGGAUGCAACGAUGAAGUUGUGUGGGUCUGAGGAGAGCCAGCGACUGAUGAGAUUGUUGGAGGAUGCCCUAGCCCGGGAGGCUCGCUUGUGGAAAGCACCAGUCCUGGAGAAUGAUCAGAUACAGGGCUCCGACAUAUCCCUCAUACAAUACCAGGAAGUGAUUUUGUGGCUGAGGGAAAUGAAUGCUGCAUUUCAGUUCUGUCAGGAAACGUAUGCACUUGGUGUUUGUGUUCUAAACAGACUGCUGGCAACCGUGAAGGCGCAGGCAAAGUACCUGAAGUGUAUUGCAAUCACAACACUCAUUCUUGCUGCAAAGAUCAAUGAAGAGGAUGAGGUAAUUGCAUCGGUUAAAGACCUUUUGGCACAGAGUGGCUGCAGCUUCUCAACAGCUGAAAUCCUUCGCAUGGAGCGGAUCAUCCUGGACAAGCUGCAGUGGGAUCUUUACACAUCGACACCCAUUGAUUUCGUUCACAUCUUCCAUGCCCUGCUGCUGUCUGAUCACCCCUACCUGCCCCUGCUCGCGGCCGCUCAGAAGAGGCCCUGCUUCCAGGCGGAGUUGUGGACCAGGCAGGUGCAGCACUGUAUGGCGUGCCACCAGCUGUGGCAGUGCAAGGGCUCCACGCUGGCCUUGGCGAUCAUCACCUUGGAGUUGGAGACGCUCACCCCUGACUGGUUCUCCGUUUUCAUCGAACUGCUGAACAAAGCACAGAUCGAGAGCUCCGAGUUCAUCAGGUGUAAGGAGAUGGUGGAUGAAUACCUGUCUAGCCUCAGGGUCUCUCUGCCAGCCAACGCCGUGUACAUAUUCAACAGCACCUACGUCACCAAGUACCGAUCCUUAGGCCCAGAACCAAAGCAGGUGGCAGGCUGGUAUCCGAAGGACCGGCCCAGACGUAAGCGAAGUGGACACAGACCAAGGAGCCGCAGAGAGAGGGAGGCGGAUGAGUACUAUGACGGUUUUCGUUGCCUUUACGACGGAAUUGCCUCUGAGGGCAGCCACGGGGAUUCCGGGAAUGUUGGCGUGACCAAUCAGGACGUCUCGUCCUGCCCACCACUGCAGCCCCACGAGGGUUGAUAUGAAGGGGCGUCUCUGCCCACUACUAUGCUUAUACAGCACUUUCACGUUUGCCUGUCAGUAUAUGCAUUUGAUUUCGUUAUCAUUUACAAACUUCAUGACUUAUUUUCAGAUACGGUUACUGAAUAUGCAUACUUUAAAAAACAAACAAAAACAUACUCUUGGAUUACUUUGUGUGAGUGUGAUACUUAGCUAGUUUUAUGUUGGAAGAUCUUGGAAUGUUAACAGAAUAAGCUUUUUUUUCUACUUACUUCGAUUUUAUACCCGUGUAACUCAUUUUGUAUGGUUUCCCCCCCUGUUCUGUUGAUGCACUUUUGUAGCAUUCAGAAUUUACUGAAUUUAUCAUGUUUUUAAUUGGAUAUUCUGUUUAUUGUUUUAAUUAUGAAGCUAGUAUUUUUACAGGCAGCUACUCAUUACUGUUGUAUGAGAGAAACGGUUCAAAUGAGUUUUUUUCUUUAUUGUUUGUUUGUUUUCCCCAGUCUUAUGUUUUUUCCAUUAAAGUGUUUUGAAACCUC